AUGUGCUCGAAAACAAAGGUGCAGCUAAUUCUAAAGGAAGACGUUAAGCCAGUUCAUAUACAUGCUCGACCGGUUGCUUUGGCAAUUCAAGAACAACUCGGUGCGGAGCUUGAUCGUCUUGUGGCAAGUGAUGUUAUUACGCCGGUUGAUUCAUCUGAUUGGGCUGCUCCCAUCAUGGUUGCUAGAAAAGCUAAUGGGAAGAUUCGUCUCUGUACAGAUUCUUCUACUGGUCUAAACGACGCUUUGAAAGAUAUUACUUAUCCUAUUCCUAACACGGAGGAUGUUAUGGCCAACUUUUCCGGUAACACUAUAUUUUCUCAGCUGGAUCUGUCUGAUGCCUAUCUUCAGCUGCGUCUUGAUGAAUCUAGUCAGAAGCUGACAACAAUCAGCAUCCACAAAGGCCUUUUCCAGUAA